GAUAGUUUUGUUUUAAAAUAUGCUAAUUUUAAAUUGGAAUUCUUUUGUUUUUAAUUUAGUUUCCAAAAGUUAAUAAUAAUAGUGAAAAGGAAAAAAAAAAGACAAUCCUAAGAGAGAGAGAGAGAGGGCGUGAAUUCCUGAGCGAGAGAUUCUUCGCCGGAGUAUUCUCUUGCGUGAUCUUACGGCUGCUUUCCUCUUCCCCCCCGAAGAAGCUUGUUCGUAGGUUGGAAAUUCGUCUUUCUCUUCUCGUCGGAGGUUUGUUUUUGGGGUCAAAGCGAAGAUGGUGAACGCUAUGGUGGAGAGAGCGACAAGCGAGUUGCUGAUCGGACCGGAUUGGGCUAUGAACCUCGAGAUCUGUGACAUGCUCAAUAGCGAUCCAGCGCAAGCAAAAGAUGUCGUGAAAGGCAUAAAAAAACGGAUUGGUAGCAGGAAUCCAAAAGCUCAACUUUUUGCCUUAACACUGCUUGAGACGAUAGUGAAGAACUGUGGUGACAUGGUUCAUAUGCAUGUGGCUGAGAAGGGUGUUAUUCAUGAGAUGGUCCGUAUAGUUAAGAAGAAGCCGGACUUCCAUGUCAAAGAGAAGAUCCUUGUCCUUAUCGAUACAUGGCAAGAGGCCUUUGGUGGCCCUAGGGCAAGAUAUCCACAAUACUAUGCAGGAUACCAGGAAUUGUUGCGUGCUGGGGCUGUUUUUCCUCAGAGGUCAGAGAGAUCAGCUCCUGUUUUCACACCUCCACAAACACAGCCUUUGACGUCUUACCCUCCAAAUCUUCGUAACGCUGGACCUACUAAUGAUAUGCCUGAAUCUUCAGGAGAGCCAGAAUUUCCGACACUGAGUUUGUCGGAGAUUCAAAAUGCAAAAGGUAUCAUGGAUGUCCUUGCGGAAAUGCUGAGUGCAUUAGAGCCGGGAAACAAGGAGGACCUUAAACAGGAGGUGAUGGUCGAUCUGGUGGAGCAGUGUCGUACAUACAAACAAAGAGUGGUACACCUUGUCAACUCAACUUCGGACGAGUCUCUGUUAUGUCAAGGUCUGGCGUUGAAUGAUGACUUGCAGCGGGUCUUAACCAGUUAUGAAGCAAUAUCUUCUGGAACUCCUGGAACUUCUGUUCUAAUCAAGAAGCCAAAGUCGGAGACAGGAACAUCCCUUGUAGAUGUUGAUGGUCCACUUAUUGAUACUGGGGACAGCAGUAAUCAGACAAACGGAGCUACAUCAAGUUCUGGUGACGGGGUUCUAAAUCAGUUGGCGCUCCCUGCACCACCUGUAACUAAUGGAUCAGCCAAUUCUAAAAUAGACCUCCUCAGUGGCGAUGAUCUUGCCCUUGUUCCGGUUGGACCUCCUCAACCAGCAAGUCCGGUCGCAUCAGAUCAAAACGCACUUGCCCUUAUUGAUAUGUUUUCAGACAACACUAAUAGUCCAAGUCCUGCGCCUGCACCUGCACCAACUGGCGGUUUAGCUCCCCAGAGUAGUCCUUUGAAUCCUCAACCACACCAGCAACCUAACAAUCUAGCUGGAGAAGCUGGAUUACAACAGUCCAAUGGAUUUACUCCUCAAAUGGGUUACUCGCAGUUUGAGCAGCCAUCAUACGGGCAAGGGGCCUCUUCUCCCUGGAAUAGUCAGCCUGCAGAGCAGUUGCAACAACCACAGCAGCCACCUUAUGGUAAUCUAUCUGAGUUUGAAUUACAAACUUUUAACUUUUGUGACAUUUCACUCUUUGGGUCCUUAGUUGUUCUGUUUGUGGUAUGCGAAGAAGGUGCCCAAGACAGUAUGGCAUUUCCACCUCCCCCAUGGGAAGCUCAGCAUCAAGACUUCAGUCCCACUGCGGAGUCAGGAAGUCCGUUUUCUUCUCAAAUGCAUCCGACACAAGGCGCCUUCACACAUGCUCAACCAUAUCCUCAAAUGCCGCCCCAAACCGGCCAAUCGGUUAACAACAGUCCUUAUCCUCAAAUGCCGCAAACCAGCCAACCGGUUAACAGCAGUCCAUACCCUCAAAUGCCACAGACCGGCAGCGGUAUGUACAUGCAACAUCCAAUGCCAAACCAACCCAAUCAGGCUAUAGGGCAAGGCUAUCCACCCCAACAACAACAACAGCAGCAGCAGCUGAUGAUGGCUCAGUUCUAUGCCCAACAGCAACAGCAACAACAACAACAGCAACAACAGGCGUAUGGAAACCAGAUGGGAGGAUACGGAUAUGGCUAUAAUCAACAGCAACAAGGAAGCAGCCCGUAUCUGAACCAGCAAAUGUACGGUUUGUCCAUCGGAGACCAGGCCCCGCAUCAGGUACCAUCAUCAUCAUCAUCUGCCACGUCUUAUCUUCCUCCUAUGAAACCUAAGAAUAAACCAGAGGAUAAGCUAUUUGGGGAUCUCGUGGACAUCUCCAAAUUCAAGCCUAGUACAAAACCGACUUCCGGAAGAGCUGGCACCAUGUGA